AUGUCCGACCACCUCCCACCUCCCACCCCUCCGCUGCCCGAGCCGGUCGUCCAGAGGCUGCGAAAGACCUCCGAGUCUCCAUCGGCCCUCCUCAGCGCACGCCGGGCGGCAAAGGCCGAUCCGACACGGGUGCCUGCGGCAGAGCCGGAGCUCCCGGCAAAGGCGUUGUUUGGCGCCGGAGGGCAGGAUAUCGGUACUGCUGGCGGCGGAGUCAUCGAGGCUUCGGCUGCGGCAUCCGUCCUGUUUGGCGCGCCGGGAACGGAGCGGACGGCGCCGCUUGCCUCGAGCGUGUCGAGCGUGGCCAGUGCUGGACCUGCAUCAGCGCUGUUUGACCAGUUUGUGACGACUAAGCGUGGGUCGCCGGCAGCUGGGAGUGGUGCUGGCGGUGAUGACAACUCGUUCUUCUCCAAGAUUCUCUCCAAGCCUGUCGAGUCGGACGGCGGGUUCUUCCAGCAGUUCUCGGCGAGCACGGCGUCGCUGGUGGCCAAAGAGGUUGAUGCUGGUGGUGACGACGAGGUCGAUGACGGGUUUCUGUCGCAGUUUGGCGCUGAGCCGACUGCAGAGCCCGGCGACGGCGGCGUGGAUGCCGGCAGUGGGACCCUGGGCCAGUUUGCAGCAGCUGCUGGCCACGGCGGGUUCCUGGAUCAAUACGGAACGGCCAGCGUGAAGUCCUCACCGGCGAGCGAAGUCGUGGAGUCCGACACUGGCUUCUUUGGAAACUAUGCGUCGGAGGCACUCACCGAGCCUGCUGUUGCCUCGCCGGCGACCGAGCCAGUGGAGUCCGAGGGCGGCUUUUUCGACAACUACGCGGCGGAGCCUGCUGCCGAGCCGUUUACCGUGGCCGAGCUUGCUGUUGCCCCACCGGCAACCGAGCCAGUGGAGUCCGAGGGUGGCUUCUUCGACAGCUACGCGGCGGAGCCUGCUGUCGAACCGUUCACCGCGGCCGAGCCUGCUGUUGCCUCGCCGGCGACCGAGCCAGUGGAGUCCGAGGGCGGCUUCUUUGACAACUACGCGACCGAGCCUGCCGUGGAGCCGUUCACCGCGGCCGAGCCUGCUGUUGCCUCACCGGCAACCGAGCCAGUGGAGUCCGAGGGCGGCUUCUUCGACAACUAUGCGGACGAGCCUGCCGUCGAGCCGUUCACCGCGGCCGAGCCUGCUGUUGCCUCGCCGGCAACCGAGCCAGUGGAGUCCGAGGGCGGCUUCUUCGACAACUACGCGGCCGAGCCUGCUGCCGACCCGUUCGCUGCGACCGAGCCUGCUGUUGCCUCGCCGGCAACCGAGCCAGUGGAGUCCAAGGGCGGCUUCUUCGACAACUAUGCGGACGAGCCUGCCCCAGUGGAGUCCGAGGGCGGCUUCUUCGACAACUACGCGGCGGAGCCUGCCGUCGAGCCGUUCACCGCGGCCGAGCCGUUCACCGCGGCCGAGCCUGCUCCGUUCACCGCGGCCGAGCCUGCUGUUGCCUCGCCGGCAACCGAGCCAGUGGAGUCCGAGGGCGGCUUCUUCGACAACUACGCGACCGAGCCUGCUGCCGAGCCGUUCGCUGCGACCGAGCCUGCUGUUGCCUCGCCGGCAACCGAGCCAGUGGAGUCCGAGGGCGGCUUCUUUGACAACUACGCGGCCGAGCCUGCUGUCGAGCCGUUCACCGCGGCCGAGCCGUUCACCGCGGCCGAGCCUGCUGUUGCCUCGCCGGCAACCGAGCCAGUGGAGUCCGAGGGCGGCUUCUUCGACAACUACGCGGCCGAGCCUGCUGUCGAGCCGUUCACCGCGGCCGAGCCGUUCACCGCGGCCGAGCCUGCUGUUGCCUCGCCGGCAACCGAGCCAGUGGAGUCCGAGGGCGGCUUCUUUGACAACUACGCGACCGAGCCUGCUGCCGAGCCGUUCGCUGCGACCGAGCCUGCUGUUGCCUCGCCGGCAACCGAGCCAGUGGAGUCCGAGGGCGGCUUCUUUGACAACUACGCGGCCGAGCCUGCUGUCGAGCCGUUCACCGCGGCCGAGCCGUUCACCGCGGCCGAGCCUGCUGUUGCCUCACCGGCAACCGAGCCAGUGGAGUCCGAGGGCGGCUUCUUCGACAACUACGCGGCCGAGCCUGCUGCCGACCCGUUCGCUGCGACCGAGCCUGCUUCCGAGGGCGGCUUCUUUGACAGCUACACGGCGGAGCCUGCCGUCGAGCCGUUUACCGCGGCCGAGCCUGCUGUUGCCUCACCGGCAACCGAGCCAGUGGAGUCCGAGGGCGGCUUCUUCGACAACUACGUGGCCGAGCCUGCUGCCGACCCGUUCGCUGCGACCGAGCCUGCUGUUGCCUCGCCGGCAACCGAGCCAGUGGAGUCCGAGGGCGGCUUCUUCGACAACUACGCGGACGAGCCUGCUGUCGAGCCGUUCACCGCGGCCGAGCCGUUCACCGCGGCCGAGCCUACUGUUGCCUCGCCGGCAACCGAGCCAGUGGAGUCCGAGGGCGGCUUCUUCGACAACUAUGCGGACGAGCCUGCUGUCGAGCCGUUCACCGCGGCCGAGCCGUUCACCGCGGCCGAGCCUGCUGUUGCCUCACCGGCAACCGAGCCAGUGGAGUCCGAGGGCGGCUUCUUCGACAACUACGUGGCCGAGCCUGCUGCCGACCCGUUCACUGCGACCGAGCCUGCUGUUGCCUCGCCGGCAACCGAGCCAGUGGAGUCCGAGGGCGGCUUCUUCGACAACUAUGCGGACGAGCCUGCUGUCGAGCCGUUCACCGCGGCCGAGCCGUUCACCGCGGCCGAGCCUACUGUUGCCUCGCCGGCAACCGAGCCAGUGGAGUCCGAGGGCGGCUUCUUUGACAACUACGCGGACGAGCCCAUUACCAAUUCGGGUUCAGCAGCCAUGGACUCGGUUGCAGAUGCGCCGGGCACCGAUGUCUUUGUAGAGACCAAUAUUGCCGCGUCACCAUCCCCCGACGCCACCUACACAUGUGCUGUCGGCGAGGUGCCUUACGAGGCAGAACCCAAGACUGAGGCUCCCACCGCUGUGCAUGUCGCCGACGAGCACUCUGCUUACGAUGGCGAGCCCUACGACAACUACGGAGGUGAAGGCCAAGCCGUGGGCUCGAGCGAGGUAGGAUCCGCUGCUGCCACCCAGACAACUGGCGAUACCGAUGAGCAGGCUGCGUACAACGGCGAAUACUACAACUACGGCGAUGGCGCGGUCACCAACGGCGAGUACUACAGCUACGGUGCGGCUCAGCCGGAGGGCGAAGCCGCCACGGCCACGGACACACUCGCCACCCCGGCUGCCGAGGAGCAAGCCGCGUAUGUCGGCGAGGUUUACAACACCUACGACGACGAGUCUACCAGCGAGUCUCUCUCUACGGCACCGACUGAGGUCAUUGCUGUGGUUGCUGACGACGUUGAUCCAUUCGCCGACGAGCCGCUCUCUAUCCCGGCCGAAUCACCUCUUUCCUCUGCCACCCAACAAGUGACGCCUAUUGCGACUCCUGCCGCCCAGUCUGACUUUUAUGCCGAGGUGGCCGGCACCACCAAUGAGGUCUUUGAUGAGAGUGUCGCUCAGGGCGAACACUAUGAUGACGAAGUCAACUACGACUACCAAUCCCAAGCCGGUGGCUCGUAUGCUGGCGGCUCACAGGCUGGCGGCUCUCAAGCCGGUGGCUCACAAGCCGGCGACUACUACGGCGCGGCCACCAACUUUUACGGUGAGGACAACUCCUCUUCCCAUCCCGAGUCCGAGAACUACUACGGCCAGGAGCAGUACCAGGCUGACGUCUAUUAUGGUCAAGCAACCGGCCACGACCAAGCCCAGGCCGACGACUACUACGAGCAAGCAGCCGGGUACGACCAAGCCCAGGCCGACGACUACUACGAGCAAGCAGCCGGGUACGACCAAGCCCAGGCCGACGACUACUACGGUCAAACAGCCGGGUACGACCAAGCCCAGACCGACGACUACUACGGGCAAGCAGCCGGGUACGACCAAGCCCAGGCCGACGACUACUACGGGCAAACAGCCGGGUACGACCAACCCCAGGCCGACGACUACUACAGUCAAGCAACUGGCCACGACCAAACCCAGGCCGACGACUACUACAGUCAAGCAACUGGCCACGACCAAACCCAGGCCGACGACUACUACGGGCAAGCAGCCGGCCACGACCAAACCCAGGCCGACGACCGCCAGUCGACAGACACCUACGGCCACACCGCUGCAGCUGCAGACUCCGGCUACGGUUAUGCACCGGCACCCUCUGGCCCGGCCGAGGCAUUUGCCCAGUCACGCCUGCGCUGCAACCGCGCGGCUGUUGUCUCGUUUGGCUUUGGCGGGCAGAUUGUGACAUGCUUCAACGGCUCGUUUUCCGCUUCCACGCCGCGUGUCAUCACACGCCGCCUGCACCAGGCCUGCGCGACGCUGCCGCACGUUCAGACUCUUGAGUCGUUCCCGGGGCCGCUCACUGUCUCCUCGCGUCAGGACGCUGUUCAUCUCGCCCGCUCUCGCGCCGCUGCACCAAUCGACCACUCGCUCGGCGAUGUGCACGACCCGGACGGGCUACGCGUCCUCUACGAGAUUUUGGCCCUUUCUCUCGAAAAGGAUCCGACUCUGGGCCCCAAGGUUGCCGCCGAGGUGAGCGACAUUCUGACCUCGUCACCGCACGACGGCCUCGUCUCGCGCCCUUCGUCCGAGCUCCUCCCCGAUGCUAUUGCUGCGCCUGACGCUGCCGCCGCCACCAGCACCCUUGGCCACAUCGAGACGUUGCUCAUGGCCGGCAAGCGCAAGGAGGCUGCCGAGGCUGCCACAGCCGCUGGUCUCUUUGCCCACGCUGUCGUCAUUGCUGCCCACACCGACAAGACCGUCUUUGCUGACACCGUCGCCGCGCUCGCUACCGCGUCGUUUGCACACGCCUCGCCCAUGCGCUCGCUCUACCUCCUGUUCUCCGGUAAGAGCUCCGGCUUGUUUGCCGCACCAUCAAGCGGCGUGUCGCCGGACACCCACCCGGUCCUCGCCUCGUGGAAGGCCAACCUAGCAAUGAUCCUCGCCAACGGUGCGGGUGCCAAGCCAAAUCGCGCAGCCAUGUUUGACCUUGGCAACGAGCUCGGCCGCCUCAGGCGCUACACCCCUUCGCAGCACGUGUGCUACCUCCUCGCCGGCGCACCCAUCGGCCCGCUCAACACCGCCGCCCGCAUGGUCCUACUUGGGGCCGACCACGACGGCACCGGCGCUCGCUUCGCUACGCCCGAGGCCAUCCAGCGGACCGAAAUGUUCGAGCUCGCCCACAAGGUGGCCAACUCGCAGUUUACCCUGCCGUCGCUUGUUGCCUACAAGCUCGUCUACGCUUUCCAGCUUGCUGAAGUUGGAUUCACCGACCGCGCACUCGCCUACUGCAAGGCUCUCGACGCCAUCGUCGCCGCUCGCGGCGCAAAGUAUUUUGCCGCUGCAUUCCUCAGCCAGCUCAAGGCUCUGCACCACCGCCUCCAAGAGCACAUGGACCUUUCCGCCGGCUCUUCGUCGCGCGUUGUUGCUGCCGUCAAGGGGGUCUUCUCCGGCAUGUUCUCUUGGGGCGGCUCGCGCUCGCCGCCCAAGACUGCGUCGGGCUCGGCAUCGGCGCCGCCGACCGCCCCGUCGUCGCCGCCUCUCACUGCCCGCGGCGCACGGCGCGCUUCGACGGACGGGCCCUCUCCACUGUCGUCGCCCUCGGGCCGAGCUGCAUCCACGCCCGCCGUCGACGACGACGCCGAGGAAGAGGCCCGCCUCCUUGCCCGCGCCCAGAAGCUGCGCAAGGAGCAGGAGGCCAAGAAAAAAGCUGAGUCUAGCUCGUCGUCCAGUGGCGGCGGCCUGCUCUCCUCGCUCUGGCCCUUUAAGAGCUCCAAGAAGCAAGCCAAGCUCGGCGGCGAGCUCAAGAUCUUCCGUGAUCCCAAGACAGGAAAAUGGAUCAACCCCGACAAUCCCAACGCCGGCAAGGCCGCCGCCCUCCCUCCGCCUCCAAAGUCAAAGCCGAAGGCACCCGCACCCAGCAUGCCGCCGACCGGAGCCACCCCCGCUCCGGCCUCGGCUGGUGUCCCGCUUGGCGCGGGCCCACCGCGUGGCCCGCCGCGCGCGCCGCGCAACGUCCACUCGACUUCGUCCCGUUAUGUCAACGCCUUUGCGAAGCCGGGUGCCGCCGCCGCCCCGCCACCACGCAAGUCGAUCCCAGGCCUUGCGCUCCGCCGCCCGCCGGCACCGACCGCUGGCCCCGGCGCCCCGCAUGUCUUCAAGCCCAUGAUGGUCCCGGCCCCCGCGGCAAGCGACUCCAACUCGUCGUUCCUCGACGACGAGCGCUUUGUCCCCCCGCCGGCCCCGACCGCCGCUCCGUUUCAGCCUACCGAGGGCGAGGUCGCCCCGCCCUCCCGCCCGCCGCCGCGCUCCGCCCCGGCCCCGGCACCCGAGGCCUCGCCCUUUAUCUGA